UUCAUAGGUCCGCGGUCACACUCCCCCCACUCACCAACAAAACAACUGAUUCCGUACUGCAACAAAAUAAACGUAAAACCAUUGAAUAAUCAACAAUGUGGCAGGUCAACAAUGCGUGAAAAGCAGCCGCCUAGCAGGGGAGAGCAAGAGCAGUGCAGUACCAAGAGCAGCCAUGGCCAGCGCACCACUAACACUAACUCCUCCGACAGCAGCCACAACUUUGGGAUGUGACGCCACCCAGCAGCGGGAGCGACGAGAGCUGAGGCAACAGCAAGUGGUUGCCACCACACUGCUCGCAGAGCUGCGACGCGCCACCAACUAUUGGUUACAGACAAAAAGCGAUGAUGGCUUCCAGAUGCUAGUCCAAACUUGCUCACAGAUCCUGCAACAUGACCUGGUGUUGCAGCCUCAGCCUGGCGGCGGCGGAGAGCUGCAGCGUCUGGCCGAUGACUUUGAGUUUUUGCUCGCUAGCGAAGAGAAGAUGAAGCGGCAGCAGCAGCAGCCGCAACCGCCUUAUCGCCGCUGCAGCGAGCAGCAGCAGACGCAACAGGCCCCGCGUAGUGUGGAUGAGUUUUUUCGCCGGUGGAUCACUCGCUGUCUGCAGGCGCGCUGCCUGUCGCAGUGUCUGCAGUCGCUGGUGGCCGACAAGGAGCUGAUGGAGUGCUAUUACCAGCGGGAGUCGGCCUUUCUGCGCCACUCGGGGCAUGCCACCACGCUGUUUGUGUGCCUUAUGGCGGUGCAGCUGAACCAGAGCAGCCUGCUCAGCCAGCUGGAGGUGCACCGGCAGCUGCGCCAUCGUCGCACCUGCUCGCAGCCGAAUUUCAACAUUUCGCCGCGUCUGCAGGUGGUGCCGGAGGAGAAGCAAAAUCUGCAGCAACAGCAACGGCAGUCGCCCACGCAUGUGCGGCAUCACCAACGACUGCGACGCUUCAAGAGUCUGCCCAAUCUGUACCAUGACCCGGACGAGGAGCAGGAGGCGGCACGUCGACGCUGCCAGACCUACAGCAGUCCCCGCACAAACAGAACGACGACUGCCUGCGGCCAGGGGGAUGAGCCGGACAUGCUGCCCUCCACUUCGGCGGGCAGCUACCACAGCAGCUCGAGCCGCUCCAGCACCAGCAUGUCUAGCAUUAGUCCGCGGCGCAUCCAGCUAAUCAACUGCGACGACAUCAAGAUUUGGACCGAUCAGACGGACAGCCAACCAGCGGAGAUUCCCCAGUCGCAGUCGAAGUACCACUGCCAAUCCCAAUCCCAGUCCCAGUGCAGCAUCAGGGCGUCGCCACUGAACAACUUUCUGACGAAUCUCUUUGGCUCCCCGCCUGUCUACACGAGCUGGUUUAAUCACGGCCUGGGCGAGGACCUGAACGGUCUGGGCGGCGACAGUGUGCUGGACAACUUUCUGCCGGUCAACGGCAGGAAGCUGAAGAAGAAGCAAACCCUCUUCGAGGGCGUCAGCAUGCUGGAUGAGGCGGCGGCCGCGGCAGCGGCAUCUCCCUCAACCUUUUGCACUGCGCCGCUGGACAUUGUUGGGAUGGCGGAUGGCAGCUACGGCGGCAGUCUGGCGACCAGCUCCAGUUCGGCGAGCGCCACGCCGGGCAGCCUGAGCAGCGACAAGAUGGACCAACAGUCGCUGGCCACCUUCCUGCAAAUGUCGCGCUACACGCACAACAACACGGACCUGGAGAAGGAGAACGCCCACUUUCGCAUAUCGGAGGCCUGCAUCACGGCCAUCGAGCAUGUUAAGUGGAGCCGCCGGGACGUGGCCAAGCCCAGUGCCGCCCCCUACUCGACGGACCCCGAUCUGAUGCCGUACGUGGAGCAGAUGGGCUCGCUGGAUGGCGGCCACAGCAGCCACAGUGCCGAGGCCGUGGGACUGCAGCUCAUUUCGCGCUUCAACGAUCAGCAACUGCCGCGCGUGGGGCACCUAAAGUGGCUCGUCUCGGAGCAGGAUACGCCGCAGCAGCUGCUGCCAAUGCCCAAGCAGGAGCAGGACAAGGAGAAUGCCGGCGCUAGCCUGACGCGCGGCACCAAAACCUGGGCACCGCCCCGCCAGCAGAUCAUCUUUACCGAACAUCCCAGCGUCAGUCGCGGCCAGCAGCUCAGUCGGCAGGGGAAUCGGUGUGCCGGGUGCGGGAUGCGUGUGGCUCGUCAGUAUCAGCAUCAUUUCCGGUACUGUAGCUACCUGGGCAAGUACAUGUGCACGGGCUGCCAUCGCAAUCAGAUCUCGGCCAUACCCGCCAAGAUCCUGCAGAACUGGGACUUUCGCUGCUAUCCGGUCAGCUCGUUUGCCUACCGCCUCAUCGAGCAGAUGUACACCUUUCCGCUGUUCCAUGUGCCCGAUCUGAAUGCCCAGCUCUAUGUCAAGCACAAAGACCUCGCCACAGCGCGUCGCCGGCGCCUUCAGUUGCAGUCCGUCAGGAAAUUCAUUGGCAACUGUCGCUUUGCAGCGAGGGAGCAGGCAUUCUUCAAUGCCAUACCAGUGCACCUCACCCAGGAUCCGAACAUGUGGUCCAUGUGCGAUUUUGUGGAUGUGCAAAACAGCAGCAUGAGCCGCUCCAUCAAGGAACUGAUCCUCCUGAGCGAACAGCAUGUCCACAACUGUGUGCUUUGCGUAGGCCGAGCCUUUGUGUGUGAAUACUGCAAGAGCAGCGAGCUCCUCUAUCCCUGGCAGCGGAAGAUUGAGCGCUGCGCGGGCUGCGGAGCCUGCUCGCAUCACAGCUGCUGGAAGGCCAGGCGCAGUGAGCCCUGUCUGCGCUGUACCCGGCUCCAGGCCAGGGCCAGUUAGCCCCCCAAUCUGUGUGGGAUAUACAUGUAUAUCUCCCACUGUAUAUAAUCGUGUAAAUUACCAAAACUGUUAUGAAAAUUGUGUACCUCAAGGCGAUUGAAGGAAGGAGAGCGAAGCGGAAACCAUGUUGAUUUUAUACAUAUACAUAUAUAUAUAUAUACGAUACGAAUAUUUAUUGUAC